AUGAAACGGAGGAUUACCCGCCAGUCGACUAAGGAGCUCGAGCCGGAGAGGGCCCCCAGCAUCAGCAUCUACCCAGACUCGGUACGACCCUCGACAGAGGACGACGCCGACCACGAAUACGGCAGCAACCCCAACCCGAACCUUGACCCCGACUUCAGCCUCGCUCGCCAUCGCAGCCACGAUCUCGACCACGAUCACAACCCCGAGCCCGACCCCGACCCGUCGUCUUUCUCCUUUUCGGCUGCCUCCACGUCGGGCCUGACAUCGGGACUGAGCACGCCAGCCUACCUCCAUAGCAACUCCCUGCCAAUCUCCGGCGUGCCCCCUUGCCUACAGACGCAUUCGAGCUCCUUUUCUGCCUCUGACUACGCCUCGUCGACCACGAGCUCCCCCGCUGCUGCCUCGACUGACCCGUUGCUCGACAACGACCGCGCUCCCGACUUGGUUGACUCGGCCUCAACCGUGCAGCCCCCCGACUGCGGUGGCCCCAGGAGCCUGCCCCCCCUGGUCAACUCAUUCCACCGCGCCGUUAUGGGAGGUGCGGCGGACAUACCCCACCGGUCCUCGUCGCCGCUCAAGCGCCGAGCAUUCAGCAUAGAGCCCGACGGGGACCUCACCGACGCCAAGGAAGAUAUGAACAUGAUCAAUACUCCAGUUCCCGUGCCCGGCGCGUCAGAGCAACCGCCACCUAACCCACAAGAACAGCAAGCUAUCGAGGAAGCCAAGGGCGAGCCCGUGCCCCCACCUACCCCAGAGGCUGACGAUGCUCUCCCAGCUCUAGUCGAGGCCGAAUUGCCCCUCCGGACUGGUAAUUACACUGCCCCCGCUGCUAGCCCCGUACCGGCGCCUGGAAAGCUCGCAGGCAAGGCAUCGUUAGAGGUGACAUUGGGACCCGUCGACAACUUGGACAUCAUCCAAACCAUCUUCGUCGACGCUAGCAAUCAGCAACCAGCAGAGCGGACGGAGCGGGCGCUCUGUGGGGCCCCUGCGCUCUGCGAGCAGAGCGCCCUGGACCCACGGAGCGCAGACACCAAGGACUCUGAUUGUCGAGUGGUUUGUAAUAAUGGACUGAGUGAGGGACAGGUCCCUAUUGUGCGUACGGCGCACAAUACAGCAGUCGAUUCGGCCAGUCUUCCCAACAUUCAAUUCGAGUUCCAUCCCCCGGUAUUCACCAUCCACCGGUUAUGGGCCGCAAACAGCCCCAUCCCCAUAGACCAGGAAAUCAAGCUCAAGAAGCCCGCCCCUCCUGGCCUUGUCCAUAGCGCCACUUAUGGGUUCCACAAUUUCCUUAAGCAGGCAAAGCAGCUCACUGGUGUGGCUAAGGACUGCAAAGUGCGUCUCUGGAGAGUCUUGCAGAUCUCGGCCACCGAGCCGUCGGCUCAACCCCUGGGCAUGAAGACUCUGCCUGAUUCCCCAUCCUUGGGCGAUACCAUUCUCACUGGCCCGCCCGUACCAGCAGAGUCAUGGCCCGAGAUGCUUGUUGAUGUCGAGACCUUCCUGAAGCUCGAGAGAGAUGUGAACGGUAGCGCUAAGGAUAAGCACCUGGCCACCAAUAGAAGUUCGGGCACUCUGACAGCACAAGCGUCACAAGGGCGUGGCAGUGGACGCAACAGCCCAGCGUCGCAAGGUCCCCUGACGCGAGGCCGCGCACAGCAAAAGUCUGGACGUUCCAUCGGCUGUGUUGGGCUUCAAAACCUUGGAAAUACCUGCUACAUAAACUCGGCGCUUCAGUGCGUGAAGAGCGUCGAGGAGCUCACAAGGUACUUCUUAACAGGCGAGGCUGCAAAGGAGAUCAACCCAGACAACCCGCUCUUGCACAACGGUGAAGUUGCGCAGGCGUACUCGAAACUACUUUUCGAAAUCUACAAGGACCCUCCACCCAACUCGAUCGCGCCGCGGACUUUUAAGGGCGUGAUCGGGAGAUAUGCCCCUUCAUUCUCAGGCUACGGCCAGCAGGACUCGCAGGAGUUCCUUGGCUUCCAUAUCACUAAGAAGCGAGACGACUCCGUCAUUGCCGAUCUCUUCACUGGCAUGUACAAGUCGACUCUGGUGUGCCCCGAUUGCGAAAAGGUCAGUAUCACAUUUGGCCCAUUCAACAAUCUCACCCUCCCGCUUCCGAUUGCCAGCGUAUGGUCGAAAAACGUCCGAUACUUUCCUCUCAACGACGCUCCCGUCGACAUAGUGAUUGAGCUCGAUAAAAAUGCCAGCUCGAAGUCCUUGAAGCAAUUCAUCUCGGCCCGAGUGGGCGUGCCCGUCGAGCGUCUUUUUGGAGCGGAAGAAUUACGAGAUAAGUUCUUCAAGUUCUAUGACGACUAUAUGUCUAUAUCAGAGGAGAUUCAGCAAAACGACAACCCAACGAUGCAUGAGCUCGAGGUAGCUCCUACAAACUUCUCUGGGGUUAAACCCAAGAAGCAGAAGUACAAGUCGCUUUUAUCAUACACCGAGCCUGACGACCGCUCUCUUAGAAAGGUGCCGCCAUCACAUUUCAUCGUGGUGACUCCUAAAGAAGCUCGCAGCGACAACAUCAUUCGUCGCAAGAUCCUGGAGAAGGUGGCUACUUUCACGACGUGGUCAAAAUUCUCCUCUGUAGACCCCCUUGUAGAGGAGAUAGAAGUAGCAGAGGCGAUGGACCCAGAGAUGGCCAACACAGCAUCGGAUGUCGACGUCAUUAUGAGCGAUAGCGGCGAUGCUAGGAAAGCGCCGGCCCCCCGGGAACCCGCGGAAAAGUAUCCCCUUCCCCUAAAAAAGUUCAAUAAACAGCGGCCGAAGUGGAUCGACCCUGCCAAGUUUCUUAACUCACAGUUCCAGAACCUAUUCGAGUUGUGUUACUAUAAAGAAGAAACCAACCAACAUAUCAUCCCGACUGGGUGGACCGCCGUCCAGGAGGACAACACAUUGCCCAAGCUUAGCUCUAGAGCCCCUCGAAUGGUCGCUUCGGAUGUUGAGAUGCGGAGUCCAGGGACUUGUAAGAGUUCAGAAGAGAGUGGUAGCGACGACAACGCCGUUACUAGAAUGAUUGACGAGUUUAGCGAGAAGGAUUCAGACUUUCCUAAAGUGCGGAACAUGACGUCGCGAGUCAAGGUGCAGAAUCAGGGAAAGAAGAGUUUCGAGAAGGAACGAGCUAGCCGCGAGCGGCAACCUAUCGAAGUUGUCGAACCUGAGAAUGGUUUGGAGCCCAACGGCAGGCCUCUGAUCCGUCUCGGAGAAGCAAGCAUGAAGACCUAUUGCGACGUCGCCACCCUGGAAGACCCCGGUCUCGACGCCAAGCGGAAGCAACGGCAAAUGCGACGCAAGCACGGCAUCACCCUGGACGACUGCCUCGCCGAGUUCGAGAAAGAGGAAAUACUCUCGGAGCAGGAUACGUGGUAUUUCGUCCAUCUCAAGCGCUUCAGCUCCAGCGGAUAUCGCCGGGACAAGCUAGAUAUCCUCGUUGACUUUCCUGUGGAGAGGCUCGACCUGACGGAGCGAGUGAUUGAGCAGGAAGACGGCAAGCAAGAGAUAUACGACUUGAUCGCUGUCCAUGAUCACUGGGGUAGCUUGGGAGGAGGCCACUACACGGCGUUUGCCAAGAACUUCAUAGAUAGCGAAUGGUACGAAUUCAACGACAAAAUCAUGCUCUGA